GUAGAGACACAACACCCACCACCGUCCGUACGUCGGUCUGUCUGUCUGUCUGUCAGAAAAACGGCGAGACGUUUGUGUGGACGUGGUGUGUGUUGGUGGGCCCGAAGACGAAGGUGAAUAGGAUGAUGAUGGUGACGAUGACGAGGAAGGGCAGCCAGGUCUUGACGGCGCCCUCGACGGACGUGUACUUGCCGUAGACGAGGAACCACGCGAAGAUGUGGAACUGGGUCCAAUUGCUGCUGCCGCGGUACUUCAUGUCGUUGAGGGCCUUGGCGAUGUGGUGGUGGCAGUUGUUGCACGCGAGGUUGUGCAUCUCCUUGCCGAACUUGCAGUCGCUGCCGUGAACCGCUUCGUCCCAAUCCUGGUCAGUUACCAGAUGGCCAUACACACUUGUGCACCGUGUGUGUGUGUGUGUGUGUGUCGAUUUGGGUGUUUGCGUACCAGCAGAGCGUCUUGUGGCUUCAGCUGCAGAUACUUUGUCGGCCUGCCGAACGCCAUGGCGUCUGAAACACAACACAACACGACACAACACAACACAGCAGGCAGGCACGUGUGCCGAUAGCCACGACACCCGUGAUCGGUCCGGUUUGAUUGCUCACCGAUGCCGAUGUGAUAGGGACCAGCAAAGUCGUGACACGCACCGUCAGAGGCACAGAUACCUGCACACAAGACACACACACACAUCAACCUCUCCACCCCGUCGCGUGUGAGAGUCGUGUCGUGUGGUCCCUCUCUAUCCCCCUCCCUCCCUCUCUCCCCCCUCCCUCACCAGCGUGGCCGAUGAUAGGGACGAAGUAGGUGAGGAGCGGGAUGGGCGUCCAGAUGAGGCAGAAAGGGUAGCGGUCCCUGUCCCUGUCGUGGACGAUCUCGCCCUCCUCUCCCAGGCUCCGCGUCCGGCGCGGCGUGGGCGUGAACUCUCCCUCGUAGAUGCGGACGGGCACCUCCUUCAUCCCGAACAUCACCGGCGGCCGGCUGGUGUGUGUGUCAUGGGAGGGGUGCUGCUGGUGGUGGUGGGGGAGCGCCGACUGUGAGCGGCCGAGGGGUGAGGGCAGCGCGGCCAUGCCCUUCCCCCGCAUCCGCCGCACAGAGGCGGAGGCGGAAGAGGGCUCGAUGACGAAUGUUCUCCCCAGGGUGACGACGCCACAGGAAAACUGACGAGAUUGACGACGGGGCGAGGAAAACUGACGAGGGGGAUGUUGUGUGGGGUGAGGAAGAUAAGGGAAGGAGAGUGGUUUGGUUAAGG